CGUAUAAUGGACGUAUUCCUCUGUGUGACCCGGGUGGUUGAAACUCGGAGCUUUUAUGAAGAGCACUUGAAGGAAGCAGGUGUGCGUCGGCGUUGCCAUGGUUGCACUGCUGAGGAGAGGACUGACAAAGGAAAACAGUUUCCGCAUAGAUGAUCAGAUCUUCAUGAAGCAGACUGUCCACCUACAACAUAAACAUGGAUAAAAGACUCAAGCAUGAAAGGAUGUGUCAAGUGUUGAAGACCGAGCAAGAGAAGCAUCUUUCUCCAAGACAAGCAGUUCUGGCCAGCCAGUGGGACUCUGUGGAGUCCGACACAGAGAGCUUGGCCCAGGAGAGAGCUUACCAACAGCAGCUACACAUGUGUAUUCGCCACCAUGAUCCAAACAAAUACAUACUGCCUCAAAGGGGGGAUGCUGACAGCUUACAGCAUGGAGACAGAGGUGAAGAUGCAAAUGUGGAUGAAACUGAAGAUCUUCAGGUUUAUGAUAGCUUAGAAGUAGCAGCACUGCCCCAUGCCAAGAGGAACCCCACCUUGUUACAGACUGCAUAUUUGGAUACACAAAUAGACCUAGAUGAAAGAGAAGGAACAAGCCAGCUGCUCUCUGAUGAUGCCUAUUCUGACCUGCGCUAUGACCCCAACUGGAGGACCAACCUGAAGGGAGCUGGCUGCUUCAAUGAGAGUCCACAGAUUUCCAUCGAGGAAUAUAACCAAGUCCCUAAAGAGAAAUCUAGUCAGUCAUGUGGUGACAGACAGGGACUGGUAAUAAAAGGAGGAUACAUCGUCAACACAAGCCCAGCUGUUGUGGUGACUUAUAUGGCUGGCAAUGAGUCUGACCAGCCCUACCGCCUACACCCACAAGAUGGUCAGACCAGCUCAGUAACACCUCCCCACUGUCACAAGCAUGCUUUACGACUUAGAUCACCAGGGGCUGACCUACCAAGGCCAUCCAGCACUUCCAUUAAAAAUGAAAAUGACAACACUUUACAGGGAGGAUUCAGAGAGAAGUGUGAAAAUAGCUGUUAUAAUGCUGGUGAAAAUAUUAGCAGAUCUCCUGAGCUGACAGAGGGUUUACAUGCUGUGUACAUCCAAGACUUUAAGACCUACUACCAGCAAGACCGGAGACGCACACAAGGAGGACCCACUCAGACACAGCAAAUGAGUGCGUCCACGUUGAUGAAUCCUAAGGUUUUAUCGAAAAAAAAGCUAGAAAGAGUCACAGAGAACAUAGUGGAACGUAACAAAACAACCCUGGGGCGCAACAGAUCCAAAUUUGGCUCCUAUGUGAUGGUUCAUGCACUUAAGCAGGAGAUGCCUCAUAAUGUGAAUAAGGUGCAUGAAACUCUUAAGGAGACGGCCAGCACAGAAAGUCAAGAGGACAGUUCAGACCCCAAGCUGAAGUGGCUCCAGAAAACACAACAGUUGAGGGUCACCCAGAUCAGCAAAGGGAAGAAAGCCCAGCGGAAAGCCCCGUGGGUCAGAGCUGAGCAGGGAGACUGCCAGUCAGCUGCUGAAACUUCAUCACAGCCUCUGCCCCCCACCAUCCACCUCAACAUCAACCUCAACACUCCAUCCCAUCUCCUUCCAUUACUCCAGCAGAAGGACCAGGAUGCCAUCAUCAACUUAGCAUCUCUCCAUGGUUGUCCUCAUUGGAGCCCCGCAUCUGAAGCUGAACUUGCACUGUCCCCUGGAUAUCAACAAACAAAUCCAGGAAAGUCCUCCCAGAUGUCUCUGAAAGGGGUAAAUGCUCAACGUCACCACCAAAACCUGGAGAGUAGCCCUGAACAAUGGCAAAGGACGACUGCAUUAAAGUGGCCAUUAUCCUGUGAAGGGGAGGACCAGAAGUGGAGUCCAAAUGAGGUUCACACUAAGCAAUUUCCACAAAACCUCCCCAGGACACCCACCACCACUUCGUCACUGGGCUCGGGCUCCUACACAGUUCUGCCCCCUAUAAGAAAGCCAAUGACAGGACAAGAGCCUGAGCUGAGCCCUGGUCAGAGUGUGAACACAGCCUACCCCAUCCGUAAGAGCAGCUCUGAUGGAUACCUGGUUCAGAUGGAGAAGCAGAAGCAGCUGAGGCUGAGAGGCACUUACAAGGCAUACACUCUUAAAGACUACAAGCAGCUGAAGUCUGAUAUAAAUCUGCGAGGCCUAGGUCCUGACUACGCAGCCAUUGAACAGACAGCUGAGAAAAUGAAACGACAGAGGGUGUAUUCAAAUGUGAUCCGAGAGCAGAACAAAAAGAUAAGUAGGAUUCCCUUUCUACUGACCAAGGACCCGGAAGGCAAGGACAAGAAAGUUCCCAGGAUGAAGGCCUUGGAAUAUGCCAGGACCAUAGCCAAACCCCCUGUACAGUCUCAACCAAGACAGAGACAGAAACACCAGUCCGAAGGCUUCACUGAGCAUGCUCCUUACUUGGAGGGCUUGGACGUGUCCCAGCUGGCCACACUGGAAGUCCUUAGAAAACGACAUGAAGAAGAAAAGCAGGCUGUGGCUGUCUUCAGAAAAGUACAUGCUGUCCGAGGCAAGCUGAUGUGUGGUGAGCGUUCUGGCGCAAAAUGGCUGCCAUGCAUCACCCAGGUGGGUGCUACACAUCGGUGGUGGUUGAGGUGAGUUUCCCCCCUUCACUGUCAGCGCUUUGAGUGUUCAAGAUAAAGCACUAUAUAAAUGUAAUCCAUUAUUUUUUAUAAUUAUUAUUAUUAAGUCAGUCUUUCCUAUUGUAAUAAUAUAUUUACACACACACACGCACACAGUAACCUUUAUCUUAUGCUGAACAGUAAAGAUAGAAACUUUGUAUGAAAUGCAGGUUUGGUAUGGAGUUAGAUCAGUCUCAGUAUUAAUGACUGCACACAGAAGGCUUCACAAAUGAAUUAAAUGACUCUGUCCACAUAAAUAUUCCUCAGUGCACACAAAAAUAUGUAUCGCAUGUAAAUGCAAAACAAAUCCACAAAUAAAAAAUAGGUUCACAAAGAUUUCUUGUUUUAAAUAAAUGUAAUAGAAAUCCACAAAUAUAUGUAAAUAAAUGGUAAAUGGACUGUACUUUCUAGUCUUUCUGACUACUCAAAGCGCUUCACAUACUCAAAUAAAAGUAUUGGAUGUUGCUACAUUUCUGUACAGACCGUUGAACCUGCAUUACAAGCUGCUUGUCGCUUGUGAACGUCACUGCGUUUGUGUGUGGGUUCUUUGAGACUGAUUCACGAAUGCAGGGAAUUAUCGGUAGCCAAUCAGAUGGCUCCUUCCACUUCAGCCAAUCACGUAAGCGUAGAUAAUAAUUUUUUUCAAUUUUGAAGCAACUUUAUUUACAACACAAAGACGAUAAGUACAGUGACAAACUCAAUGCUGUACAAAUCAAGUUUGAGGGUGUCAUUUAAUGUGAUCACGUAGCGUUACAUCCAUAGACAUAUACACGAUACAAAAUAUUAAAUUUAAUAAAAUAACUUCUCAGCUGUGAAAUGUUAUUCCCUGUUUCUCAGUUUUGGAACAUCCAAAGCAGCACAAAAGUCUGACAUUUUCUACUAUUUGAACGGGUCACAGGGCACAGAUGCAUCUGGCGAAUGUGGCAUCUACUUUAUAUCUAUGGCGUUACAUCUACCCGCUGGUCAACCUCCACACGGCGUCUGGUAGCUGCUCUCCACAAGUAAGUGACUCGACUCCUGUCGUGCAUGAUUAAAUAUGUUUGUGUUAUGAAUGCUUGCUAUGUUAGUUAGCUAGCUAGCUAAUGGAUGAUCCUAGGUUGUCUGUCAGCAUUAUGUAGCUAACUUGUUAGCUAAUGCUAGUGUGAAAAGCCACAAGACUAACUUAGCAAGCAUUCUUAACUCAAAAACAUUUCAUCAUGCACGACAGGAGUUAUCACUUACCUGUGGAGAGCUGCUACCAGACUCCAUCUGUGCAUUCCAAUACCUAUACGACCAAACCUUUUAGUAUGCCAGAAAAUGAUUUAGUAUGUCCCAUACAUAGUAUGUCAAAUGCAGUACGCCAAAAAUACCAGGAUGUCCUACUGCAUAUGGGCGCAUUUUGCAGUAUGCAAGCCAGCAUGCUUUUCUGGCUAUUCUGACCCACAAUCCUCUGAGCAAUCCACCUCACACAUUUUGCCAAUAAAUGGGGGGGCGACUGCAGAAGGUGAAGAGCGCAGACAGAUGACAGCUCAUUGACAGACGACAGCACGAUGACAAAUAAAGGGAUCCAAUGCAAUGCAAAAGCCUCAUUUGAAUUCCUGUAAAAUCCUAUUCUGCCUGUUAGCUGUUUGAUAUUUCAUAACUCUUCUCAAUCCUGACAACACUGUUAGGGUGGUGCUAGAGCAGCUCCACUUCAUUUCAUACAUGGUUUAUUUACAGUUUGAGAUACAAAGACACUACAUAUCAGGAGUGAAAUGUUUUGAUUGAGAAGUAGUAUGUCCCAGUUGUAUGCAUACUGAAUGCAACUGUCGGUACUUUGUAAGGGCAGCUGCAGUACGGACUAAAAGUAAAAAGAAAAAGUUUGCGAUUUGGAACGCAGGCAUGUUGAGGUUGACCUGAGGUUAGACAAGCAGCUUGUAAUGCAGGUUCAACAGUCUAUGUUAUAUGUGUACAACACAGUGUAUAUGAAUGUAGCAACAUCCAAAUAUGUUUUUGUUGAACAUUGCAAAUACUUUUAAAUACAUAUAUUUGUGGAUUUCUAUUACAUUUAUUUAAAACAAAAAAUAUUUGUGAACCUAUUUUUUAUUUGUGGAUUUGUUUUGCAUUUACAUGCGAUACAUAUUUUUGUGUGCACUGAGGAAUAUUUAUGUGGACAGAGUCUUUUAUAUAUAAUUCCUGAAAUACAUUUGUGAAUCCUUCUGUGUGCUUUCAUUAAUAUUAAGAAUGAUCUAACUCCAUAGUUUGAUGAGUUUGAGGUGAUUCCCAUAUUGUUAUUUUAGCCACAUUAUCAAUUUGUCUCCUCCUUCCACAUGGUUACACUGUUUAACCUAAAAUAAUCCACACACCCCGUUGUGGGUUUGAUUUGUUUCCUUCCUCCAUUUCUCUGGUGAACCGUGUAGAAAACCCUGCUCAAAUGACAGAAGACACUUUGAAGCUCACCUGAUUUGGUCCCAGUCCUACAUUUUGUAGCCAUUUUCUAAGUAGUAACUCCUCCCCAACACAAAACACUCUCAAGCAGCUCAUUUUACUAAUUGAACCCUCAGAUCAUUAUCAAAGCACUAUUUACCUCUGUGCAAUAUUUUAAUUAGAUUAUAGUCUCUAUUUAACCCAUCAUGGGCUCUUUGAAGCUCUGUGUUUUUAGUGUUAAGUCCUCAGAUGCACGGUUGGAAAUGACAGAGCCCUUUUUAAUUUAAUGAGAAACGCUGCCUAUCCAGACUGAGUCUCUUUGCAUCUUUUUUAGGUCCCACCUACUCGUUUUUUGCCAUUGAAAUCUAGUUAAUUGAAGGAGUCUUUCAGCGCUAUACAUGAAGGGGGCCAAAUUAGCAUCCCUUUCUGCCCAUUGGGAAGCUACGGCAGACGUGGAUGCUUUGAUGUGAGAAGCACGCUUUCAGUAGGCGGCAGGCUUCCUGAAAAUGAGCUGAUGGCUCUGCUAUUAGGCCCAAAUGCAGAUGCGUCCAUGUGUUGCAAAACGCUUAAUCUUUUAAUUGAUCACCUUCUGCAUGGCCUAUUCUCCACAUUUUUCCCCUGCUGCCUGUUAAUCAGAAUCACAUUUUGAUGAUGACAUGAAUUGCUUUUCAAAAGGCAAGAAAGGAUGGCAGAUCCAGUGCGAAGGACAAGAGAGGAUUGCAUGUUAUUGUGCAAAUGCCCGUGAGAGAUGCAGCUUGUGGUAAAACAACUGAAUACGUAAUAAGAGCUGUUUUAAGAUUCUGAAAUGUGUGUGUGUGUGUUUGGCUCUUAUGUGUUUCAGAAAGUGUUAUCUGAUUAAUAAUUAGACAGUAAAUACUUUACUGUCCACCCUCCAUUGUUAUCACAGUAAUAAAUGAACAAUAAAUAGUUCACUGCAACAUUCUCAUAAAGACAGCUCUUUUAUUAAUCUGCUUCUGCAGGCAGACUCCAGCUUGGCAAAGUGGAUUUUACAUUAUGCUGGACACCUGUUUCUUUGAAUGAGGUAUCCUACAGCGUGGAGGUAAAUGACUUUAUCGGUGAAUUAAUGAAAUGACACUGAAAUAGUGCCAAAAAUAUUUGAAUGUUUUUUUGCCUCCACCAUAUUGAUUAGGACUCAGGCAAUACUGCCCUGAUGCCUUAAAUUCCAGCUCCAAAUGACAAAAUUACCAAAUUACACAACAGGACAAGCCCUGAGAAAUAAAGGGCUAAAUUCUUUAGAACGUUCACUGACAAUAAAAUGCCCAAAUGUGCUAAAAAUGAUGUUGAAUCUUUUGUUGUUGUUUUUCUGUUGUUAUUUUGUUCUAUUCUUUCCAUGGAGAAUGCUCAGAAAGUUGUGUUUUAACAGUAUGUGUAAUAAAUAUGUGCUCAUUUCUGCAAAACUGAA